AUGACAAGAAUGCUGUUGCAAACGCACCCUCAACUUGACAUACUUAGAGAAGAAGAGUCAACGUCACUCAACAAUUCCGCCGAGUUGACCCACUUAUUUGGACCGGAACUGAAGUCCUUAAAUAGGUCACGUGCUUCCUCUGACGUCAUCGAGAAUGCAUUCGCAUACUUGGACCACAAUCAUCAGCGGUUUAAGCAGCAGCAGCAGCAACAUUCGUCACCACCACAACAACACCCACAGCCACAGCAACCACAACAACAACCACAAGAGCCACAGCAAUUACUUGCCGUCGUUAAAGAUAGACAUAGAAAAAACAACGUCUUCUCAACAAUGUUUAGCAAUUACAAAUCGAAAAAGAUGAUGAAGAAGAAAACAUUCGCUAGCGAUAAUGAACAAUAUCCCAAAAUAAAAUCUGAUUUAAAAAGUGUUUAA